UGUUAAAUUUGGCAACAGUGCAAUAGAUUUCCGUUAUGCGAUGUUUUCUCUCAAAUUAUUUGUUUGGAAAAAAACAUUUUUUGUUGAAAAAAAAAAUCCAUUCACAAAAGCUCAAUCAGCAAACGGUAAUCGUUCGGUUCGGGUGUUUUAAAUUUCCGUUCCUCAAAUUCGCCAAAAAUGUCCCGUUUUUUUCGUUCCUGCUGCUUUUGGAAAGUUUCUGCGCCCACAUUAAGCCAUUAUAGCCGGAAUCUCGCUUCUGUCGAACCGGAACUAAAACCCGGGAGUUUAGGAGGAGCCAAGCAAGGUGUGACCGGAAGCAGCGAAUCUUCCACCGGCCAUCCAAGGAGGAGGAGAUUCUCCUGCUCGAGAGGCGCUACCUCAAAAGGUACCUUCGCCACUACAAGCUGUACCUGGACCACAUGACACUUCCGGAGAUGCGGUUGGCCAAGCGAUGUGUGGAGGAAUCGACGAGCAGCGAAAGCAGCACAAGUCCAACUUCUAGAGCAAGUCCCAAAGCGCAACUCGGAAAACACGUGCCCUUGCACCGGACCACCGGGUACGUUCCGAUGGCGUUGCUGUCCGAGUCGUCGGACGAUUCCGUGGAGGAGUCUUCGACGCGUCAGUCUUUGCCAGCAGAAGAUGAGGUAUUUGAGUUUGGUCCGUUUCUGCUAGGCGGCGAUAAUGGUCCGACGUACGUGGCCUUUGAGCAACCGGAACCGUGACCGGGUUGGAUGAUUUGGUAAGCGGGAUGGUUGACAAUUUUAUAACUAUUUAUUACUAUUUAUCUUUGAACCCUCUUGACCUGUAAAUAAUUUUACAUGUAAAUAAUUCUAGAUUGUAAAAAUCUAAAG